AUUUAUUCACGAAGCUGGUCGCACUACAGCCGAAAACCGUUGAGCCAGCUAGCCAGACUCUUCGCUUUUUCGGUCUUGGUCACUUCCGUCCUAUUACCACCUGAAACUGCAUUCCAGCAAGACUCCUUGCCCACACUACCAAAACAAGGCCCGCCACAUUGAUUGCAAUUACUCUGCAGUGUGUAUCUUCCGCGACGAAGCAUUCUGCAUUUCCCCAGUCAUUUGCAUUGUGCCAGUUUCUGUUUACAUUCACAAGAAUCAUACCUGAACUUGUUUGGAUGAACCAUAAUGGAACCUGUUCCCGAGACGGAAAGAAUGGAGGAGUUUCGUUCCUCCCCUCUGCCGUCGCUGCGCGUCGUCUCGAAUGAUGCAGAUACUAAUCGGAAGCCUCCUACUAUCCGCCGGUCGACCGAACCACCUUCGCCAAGCUCGCCGUUAUUCCCUUCUUCUGUAGCCCUUCCUUACAAGCCGCGAACGGCAUCGCCUCUGUCGGGUUUGCAUACUCGGUCCAAGUCCACAGCGAGUCUUACACCUCUUUCAAUGGGCCGCACUCGGUCCAUGCCAGGUGUAGAUGGGGCGGGAAGGAUCCUCUACGCACCACAGCUUCGUCCAGCUAGCCCAUCUGGAUCUCCCAGUCGACAUCGGCUACCCCGAAAACCUGUCGACGAAGCGUAUCCUCCUGCUUCGCCAGUUCGAUCUUCUGUGCUGGACAGCGACAGACGACAUGGCGAACAACACACAGAACGAAGUACCUCUCCAACUCCUAGUAUUACAUCUGCCAGCACUCUGCCGUCAUACAAACGGGCGUCUUCCCCGCUCCGGUACAGUGCCUAUUCGUCGCCGAAUGCUAGUUUUACUUUUCCUGGCCCGCCGUCGUCCGGAACAGCAUCUCCAUCGUUCAAAUCGGAUAGCUCAGCUACAGGAUAUGGCUUCUCCUAUUAUCCAUCCUCUUCAGUUCCAUCCACCCCGAGCUCGAUGCGUUCAAGGAGCCCUAGUAUCUCUAGUCUCGAGACUAUACCCGACACUCCCGAUGCCGAGGAGGCGGCCUUGGAAGCGGAGAGAAUUGCCCAGCUUAAAGCUGCUGCAGACGCUGCAGAUGGCGGAGAGUCAAAGAGUCGGACUAAUUUAGAUGCCCCCAUUCGUGGCAGGACUUUGGGCGUCGGUUCCAGAGACAAGCGAAAGCGGUGGAGCGUCUGCGGCGCUGAGCGACGUGGAGACCUCGACCUAGAAACGAUAUGGGAAGAUUGAAACCUGGAAUCGGCUUCGUAUGGCACCGAUACUACAGCAUAGUCGGUUUCUUGGGGUGUUCGCCACUAGUUAGCUAGUCAUAUUCACUACAAGCAUGUUAAGGAUUUUGGGCAUUCAG